AUGGGGUUGUGCCUGCCCUACCCCUGCAGGUACACGUCAGCCAAACUAUCCAGGAGGCUUCUUAUCACAGGCCUCCUGGUGGGCACCCUUGAUGUGGUGUUGGACUCCAGUGCCCGGGUCGCUCCUUACCGAAUCCUGUACCAGACGCCAGACUCUCUGGUCUACUGGACUAUCGCCUGCGGGGGUUCUAGGAAGGAGAUCACUGAGCACUGGGAAUGGCUGGAGCAGAAUCUGCUGCAGACGCUGUCCAUCUUUGAAAAUGAGAACGAUAUCACCACGUUCGUGCGAGGAAAAAUACAGGGCAUCAUUGCAGAAUAUAACAAGAUCAACGAUGUGAAGGAGGAUGACGACACGGAGAAGUUUAAAGAGGCCACCGUGAAGUUCCACAGGCUAUUUGGGAUGCCCGAGGAGGAGAAGCUUGUCAACUACUACUCUUGCAGCUACUGGAAGGGGAAGGUGCCCCGGCAGGGCUGGGUGUACCUCAGUAUCAACCACCUGUGCUUUUAUUCUUUCCUUAUGGGAAGGGAAGCUAAGCUGGUAAUCCGGUGGGUGGACAUCACCCAGCUUGAGAAGAACGCCACACUUCUUCUGCCUGACGUGAUCAAAGUGAGCACUCGGUCCAGCGAGCAUUUCUUCUCCGUAUUCCUCAACAUCAACGAGACAUUCAAGCUAAUGGAGCAGCUCGCCAAUAUAGCCAUGAGGCAGCUCUUAGACAAUGAGGGCUUUGAGCAAGAUCGAUCCCUGCCCAAACUGAAAAAGAAAUCUCCUAAAAAAGUGUCUGCUCUAAAACGGGAUCUCGAUGCCAGGGCGAAGAGUGAGAGGUACCGCGCCCUGUUCCGGCUGCCCAAAGAUGAAAAAUUAGAUGGCCACACAGACUGCACCCUCUGGACUCCAUUUAACAAAAUGCACAUUUUGGGGCAAAUGUUUGUCUCCACAAAUUACAUCUGCUUUACCAGCAAGGAGGAAAAUUUAUGUAGCCUCAUAAUCCCACUCCGUGAGGUGACCAUUGUUGAAAAGGCCGACAGCUCCAGCGUGCUCCCAAGUCCUCUGUCCAUCAGCACCAGGAACAGGAUGACCUUCCUGUUCGCUAAUCUGAAAGAUAGAGACUUUCUCGUGCAGAGGAUCUCAGAUUUCCUGCAACAGACGACGUCUAAGAUAUACUCAGACAGAGAAUUUGCAGGAAGCUACAACAGUUCUGACGAUGAGGUGUAUUCUCGGCCCAGCAGCCUCAUGUCCUCCAGCCCCCAGAGAAGCACGAGCUCUGAUGCCGACGGUGAGCGCCCGUUUAACCUAAAUGGCAACAGUGUCCCCACGGCCACACAGACCCUGAUGACUAUGUAUCGGCGACGGUCUCCUGAGGAAUUCAACCCAAAAUUGGCCAAAGAAUUUCUGAAAGAGCAAGCUUGGAAGAUUCACUUUGCUGAGUAUGGUCAGGGGAUCUGCAUGUACCGCACGGAGAAAACGCGGGAGCUGGUGCUGAAGGGCAUCCCAGAGAGCAUGCGCGGGGAGCUCUGGCUGCUGCUGUCAGGGGCCAUCAAUGAGAAGGCCACGCAUCCCGGGUACUAUGAAGACCUGGUGGAGAAAUCCAUGGGGAAGUACAACCUGGCCACGGAGGAGAUUGAGAGGGACUUACACCGCUCUCUUCCAGAGCACCCGGCCUUCCAGAAUGAAAUGGGCAUUGCCGCUCUGCGCAGAGUCUUAACAGCGUACGCUUUCCGAAAUCCCAACAUAGGGUACUGCCAGGCCAUGAAUAUUGUCACCUCAGUGCUACUCCUUUACGCCAAAGAGGAGGAGGCCUUCUGGCUGCUGGUGGCCCUGUGUGAGCGCAUGCUUCCGGAUUACUACAACACCAGAGUUGUUGGUGCACUGGUGGACCAAGGGGUCUUCGAGGAGCUGGCCCGAGACUAUGUCCCUCAGCUGUAUGACUGCAUGCAGGACCUGGGUGUGAUCUCUACCAUCUCCCUGUCAUGGUUCCUCACGCUGUUUCUCAGCGUGAUGCCCUUUGAGAGCGCAGUGGUGGUGGUGGACUGUUUCUUCUAUGAAGGAAUCAAAGUGAUAUUCCAGUUGGCCCUCGCUGUGCUGGAUGCUAAUGUGGACAAACUGUUGAGCUGCAAGGAUGAUGGGGAGGCCAUGACCGUUUUGGGAAGGUACUUGGAUAGUGUGACCAACAAAGACAGCACACUGCCUCCCAUCCCUCACCUGCACUCCCUGCUCAGCGACGACGUGGAGCCUUACCCUGCUGUGGACAUCUUCCGGCUCAUUGGGACUUCCUAUGAGAAAUUUGGAACUAUUCGGGCAGACUUAAUUGAGCAAAUGAGAUUCAAACAGAGACUGAAAGUGAUCCAGACCCUGGAGGAUACUACGAAACGCAAUGUGGUACGAACCAUUGUGACAGAAACUUCCUUUACUAUUGAUGAGCUAGAAGAACUGUAUGCUCUUUUCAAGGCAGAACAUCUCACCAGCUGCUAUUGGGGUGGGAGCAGCAAUGCACUGGACCGGCACGACCCCAGCCUGCCCUACCUGGAGCAGUACCGCAUUGACUUCGAGCAGUUCAAGGGCAUGUUCGUGCUGCUCUUUCCCUGGGCCUGUGGCGCUCACUCUGACGUGCUGGCCUCCCGCUUGUUCCAGCUACUAGACGAAAACGGGGACUCCCUGAUUAACUUCCGAGAGUUUGUAUCCGGGCUAAGUGCCGCGUGCCACGGAGACCUCACAGAGAAACUCAAACUCCUGUACAAAAUGCAUGUCUUGCCUGAGCCAUCCUCUGAUCAAGAUGAGCCAGAUUCUGCUUUUGAAGCAACUCAGUACUUCUUUGAAGACAUCACCCCAGAAUGCACCCAUGUCGUUGGAUUGGACAGCAGAAGCAAACAGAGCGCAGAUGACGGCUUCGUUACAGUGAGUCUGAAGCCAGACAGAGGGAAGAAGGCAAAUUCUCAAGAAAAUCGAAAUUAUCUGAGACUCUGGACUCCAGAAAAUAAGACUAAGUCAAAGAAUGCGAAGGAUUUACCCAAGCUGAAUCAAGGGCAGUUCAUCGAGCUGUGCAAGACCAUGUACAACAUGUUCAGCGAGGACCCCAACGAGCAGGAGCUGUACCACGCCACGGCGGCGGUGACCAGCCUGCUGCUGGAGAUCGGCGAGGUGGGCAAGCUGUUCCCGUACACUGUGGAGGCCACCGAGCCACCCGCGGCGGACCUCAGCGAGGAGCACUCGCUUGGGGGGCCCAUGGAGGACAUCAAGCUGGAGGACUCCUCGCCUCGGGAGCACGGGACCUGCUCGUCCAUGCUGAUCUCCGACGACGACACCAAGGAUGACAGCUCCAUGUCGUCGUACUCGGUGCUGAGCGCCGGCUCCCACGACGAGGACAAGCUGCACUGCGAGGACAUCGGCGAGGACACGGUGCUCGUGCGUAGCGGCCGGGGCACCACCGCGCUGCCCCGCAGCACCAGCCUGGACCGGGACUGGGCCAUCACCUUCGAGCAGUUCCUGGCCUCACUGCUCACCGAGCCCGCCCUGGUGAAGUACUUCGACAAGCCGGUGAGCAUGAUGGCCCGGAUCACCGGCGCCAAGAGCAUCCGCACGGCGGGCAGGCCGGCGUGCUCGGCCAGCGACUGCGAGAUAGCCGCCCUGUCGGGCUGAGCUUUUCUGUGUUCUCCUCCUGCGUUGGCGUUUCUUUUCCUUUCAAAUGAAAUAUUUAUGAGUCCUGGGCUCGAAGCCUAGCAUUUCCCUCAUAAUGAAAACUGUUGAGAAAUCCUGGAACAUCUCCGUGUAGGCGCAGCACACUUGCUGGGUCUGGCCACCAGAGGGCGAAUUUCCCUGGAAAGGUGAGCCUUUCAGGGAUCAGAUGUGUGUAUGAUAACUCAGUAAUCUUGCUGUGAGCUGUAUACAUGGUUUAAAAAAAUAAUAAUGCAGUUUAGCUUUAAAUAAGGCAGCCAUUGUUUUAUGUAUUGGGGCUUUGAAAUAAAAUUAGAGCCGUAAGGAAGAAGAAAUGGCCACAAUUGACUGCCCUUAGAGAAGCCUCAGUCCGGUGGGGGAAAUCCUAUUCUACUUUAGCAAGUAUUACAGGUAUUUUUUAACAUUUGAAGUAUAUUCAUAAACACUCUCCUCAAAAUUCAUAUUCAACAUGGUGGUCUCACUUAAGGGUUAGAUAUUUAAGGUUCCAAACAAUUAGGAAGAUGGAAGUGAUUUUUACAGAAUCACAUCAAGCUGGGCAGAUGCCAGACCAGUUUUGCAUGAACAGAUUGUUGCGGUUUCGUGUCCAUCUUUAGUUACAGCGGGUCUGAAAGUGGCAACAAGGCAACAGAUGGCUCAGGAUAGGCUUUUUUGUUUUGCUUUUGAAAGAGUAAACGUGAUAAUGCUUCUGAUACUGGAUUUUCAACUUCUUGUUACUCACUACAAAUAAAGCAAAAAAUAAAAAACAAUGAACUUCACCAUUUCUGUACUCUCCAUAGACUGAAGAAAUCAUACCAUGUAUCGCAUAAGACCAUGUUCCCAGUAAAUCAAUGUAGAGAUAAAGUAAACUGAAAAAAAUUCUGCAAGCUAAUGGAACUAAGAGUUUUAAAACAGGACUUGUCACUUUAUAUAAAAGAAUAGUAUGCUCUAUUUAUUUCCUGAAUGGAUAUGGAAAUGAAAACUAGCACACCUGCACUUUGAAUUCUUGCUUCUUUUUUUUUAUUACUGUUAUGAUUUGGGGUUUGGUGAUUUUUUGUUUGUUUGUUCUACAGACACUGGAAGGUUUUCAUCCUACUGUUGAAUUCACAAUCAUGUACACAUUUUCUUGGCUUAUUCUGAAUAUUCCUUCCAACACAUUCCUUUAUUUUAUUAUACAUGAUGUCCUUAUUUUAGCUGUUACUGCUGUGAUUUUUAAUUUUGUUUACAGAAUAAUUUUUAAACUGUCAAAUGAAGUAGAGUCAACCUCAAAUAGGAUAAAUGUGAACAAAUAAAAUACUUCAGAUAUGGCU